CAGACUCCAAAGACCUCGUCCAGUCCUCGGGAGUCUCCUCGGGGCAGUCCCUGCUCUGCCUCACCCUUCAGGAGAAACUCCUCUCCUUCUACAGGGAUCACGUCUACGUCUCCGAGACGGAGAAGGCUGUGGGGAAGCAGCUGGCAGAAGACAUCCGGGUGGAGCUGCAGUCCUUCUUGAAGAACAAGUCCUCGGACCUGCCCUUUGGGAAUAUUUCCCUGAGCGGCUACCUUUGCGACGACCUUGUUGGCCAACACCAACUAGAGGUGGUCUUCAACCUUCCCUUGGUCCUAGAAGACCAUCUUUGGCACUUGAUCGGUGGGGAAGAGACGCUCCUGGACAACCCGUGGUACGGGAUGAUCAAACGGAGUAGCCUGGAGUACUUCACACGGGGGAGUAGCCCCUGGGACAAGUUCAUUGUAGGUGGGUACCUAUCGUCCAAUUCUAUCAACGAUGCCCUCCUGAAGACUUUGGUGGCCUCCGUCAACUGGCCGGUCAUCGGCAGCCUGCUGGAUUGCAUCGUGCGCCCUUCCAUGGCUCCCAGGGAGCUCAAGCUGGAAGUCAGGCACGAACAGGUCCUCCUGGACAUCACCCUCUGCCCGGUAGUGGAAACGGAAGGCAAGACCUUCCUCGCCACCUUCUCUGGAGAAGCGGUGGAGAACCUCUGGCGGCGGAGUUUUUACGCGGCGGAGGUUUCAGAGCUGAAGGAGCUGGACGCCGGGGACGGAGGCAUCCGGCGGUGCUGCCUCCUCAUCUUGAAGGCCACUUUUGAAAAACACCCGUUCUGGAGCAGAAUCACCGGCAGUGACUUGACUCACGUGAUCCUCCACCUGAGCCGAACGGAGACGGACUGGUCAGAGGCCGUGCUGGCCGUCAGGCUCCAGCAGGUCUUGGAGGAGCUGGUCCAGUACCUGGCCAAAGGUUCCCUCCCUUGCUUUUUCGACGAGAGGGUUGACCUGUUGAGCCGUCUGCUCCCGGAGGAGAUUGACGAGAUCGGCUGCACCUUGUACGAGGCUUUGGCCGCGCCCAGCCUCGCGGAGGGGCUGGGUCUGUAGAGUGGACAGACCUUCCUUUUCGACGGAGAAGACUUGAAAGGGACAUCCGUGCACACCCCUCCCUCCCUCCCUCCCUCCCCCCAUUGCAAUUCUUUUGCACCGAAUGAAAUGAAAGUAUUAACUCCUGGAAGUAAAACGGCCCUUGAUUGUAAGCCCUUUGUACUCGCUCUCUGACCGGAUUCUUUCCCCCAUUCGGAGCGGAUCUCCUCCUCCUCCGGGGAGCAGCGUGUCCUUUCUCCCUAGGGCAGGAUUGGAGGGCUGAGGUGGCAGAGGGUAGCUGAUCCCCCCCCUUCCCUCCUCUCGGCUUUCCCCAUUGCUUGAGUUCUGAAAUCGUGUGGCUGGGCACCUCUGAACGUCAUGCCCUCUCCAGGGCCCCCUGAGCGAUGGGGUCUCUGCUUGGCAGAAGAUUUUUCUGAUUUUUACGAAUCAAUCAAUCAAUAAAGCGAGCGAGCGAACCAGCUCAGGUUGCUUC